AACGUUCCGCCCUCCCAGACGCUGCCGGUUGGUGUCACGUGAUCGCCGAGUCAGCUGACCUGUGUCUGGCCGGAAGACUCCUUGGAUUCGGUCUCUUGGCACCAUGAGGUUCCGGUUCUGUGGCGAUCUGGACUGUCCUGACUGGGUCCUGGCAGAGAUCAGCACACUGGCCAAGAUUUCCUCUGUGAAGCUGCGGCUGCUGUGUAGCCAGGUGCUAAAGGAGCUUCUGGGGCAGGGGAUUGAUUAUGAGAAGAUCCUGAAGCUUACUGCUGAUGCCAAGUUUGAGUCUGGAGAUGUGAAGGCCACAGUUGCGGUGCUGAGUUUCAUCCUCUCGAGUGCAGCCAAGCAUAGUGUGGACAGUGAUUCCUUGUCCAGCGAGCUACAGCAGCUGGGGCUGCCCAGAGAGCAUGCCACCAGCCUGUGCCGCUGUUAUGAAGAGAAGCAGAGCCCCCUACAGGAGCACCUUCGGGCCUGCAGCCUGCGUGUGAACAGGCUGGCCAAUGUGGCCUGGCGGGUGGACUACACCCUGAGCUCCAGCCUGCUCCGGUCUGUGGAGGAGCCCCUGGUGCACCUGCAGCUAGAGGUUGUGCCUGCCCCGGGUGCCCUGGCCCAACCUGUUUCCAUGUCCCUCUCAGCAGACAAGUUCCAGGUUCUCCUGGCAGAACUGAAGCAGGCCCAGACCCUGAUGACGGCUUUGGGCUGAGAAGGGUGUCCCAGCCUCUGUGGAGCUGCCCUGCCUGGACUGAGCUGCUCCCCUCCACACUUCUCUUCCAAGGGUGGCCCUGUUCUCUUGGGUCUCUGGCUGCCUGACUUUCUAUGUAGGGCUCCUGGGGAUCUUCCCCAGAAGUCCCUUCUGUCCUUUGAAAGAAAGUGCUUGUCAACCAUUUUUACAGGAAGAAAGAAUAAACUUGUGUACAGCAA